AUCCCUACGUGAAAAUCCACCUGAUGCAGGGGGGAAAGCGGCUGAAGAAGAAGAAAACGACCAUUAAGAAAAACACUCUGAACCCCUAUUAUAAUGAAUCCUUCAGCUUCGAGGUUCCCUUUGAACAGAUCCAGAAAGUCCAGGUUGUUCUCACCGUCCUGGAUUACGACAAGCUGGGGAAGAACGAGGCCAUUGGAAAGGUCUUCGUGGGCUGCAACGCCACCGGCACGGAGCUGCGUCACUGGUCUGACAUGCUGGCCAAUCCCCGGCGCCCCAUCGCCCAGUGGCACACCCUGCAGACGGAAGAGGAGGUGGACGUGGUCGUCGGCAUGAAGACCUCCUGAUGCCCCCUCCUCCCCCACAUCCUGGCCUAGCCG